AUGGAAGCAGUGGAAGUCGAUGGUCCCACACAAGAACUGAUCGAUAGGAUAUGCACCGAAAGUGGAGAUUAUCAACUUUGCAAAGAAAUCAUUCACAAACAUUUAGACACAAAAACAGCUAAUCUCUUAGCUCUUACCCAUCUCAUAUUCCGCAUCGCUACUGAACACGCCAGUGAUACAUAUGUUUUCAUCAGUAACAUCUUGCGUGAACAUCCUGAUCCUGAGGAGACGACUGGUCUCAACACUUGUCUAACGGUUUACACUGAAGAAACCAGAGUUUUUUUGAAAGUACGGCAAGAGUUUUGUCGUAAAAAGUACGAACGUAUGAUCAUAGACAUUUUAUCCACAAGAAAUAUCUUGAAAAGAUGUAGGACCGAUUUUCAGAUUCCUCUGGACAAAAAGAAGCUUCUUAUAGAGAAAUGCAAAGUGAUGAAUAUCUUGAUCACCAUGUCUGCGGUUUCAGGGUAUAUGGUGAAAAAUGGAAAUGCUUAUUUGCUUAGCUCAGUUGUUACGGAGCCUUGUUUUUUCGAUGAUGCAGAUAAAUCAAGUAAUAUGUUUCCCAAUAUUUUAAUAAGCAGUUUGUAA